CAAUGCCCGUAAAAUUACCACAGAUCAGUGAUGUGACCUCAUAUUCUGUGUCUCUGAUGUGGAGUAAUCCUGAUGGGUAUCAGACGUCUUACAGCUACAGAGUCCAGACCAAUGUCACCUCAUCAGCCACAAUGAUAGAAGAAACAAUAGUAAUUAGUGAAGCAGCUACAGUAAUGAAUCUGACACCAGGAGAAACAUAUACAUUCCUGGUAUAUACAAGAGCUGCCGAUAACAUCACUGAAUCAGACUUGGUGUCUGUAUCCACCUGCACAGAUCCAACACCAUCUAGAAUUUUAGGCACACACGUUCAAACAAAUAGUGUGACAUUAUCUUGGUCAGAGCCAGUAAAUAUGUCCGGAGUGAAUAAGUCAUAUAUUAUAACCUACUGGACAAAAUCCUCACCUAAAUUUACUGUGACAAGUCACACAACAAGGGUCACCCUUCAGAACGUAACACCUAAUAGUGUCUACUCCAUAAUUGUGUUCACAGUCGGAGUCCGGGAGUAUCAGAGUUUACCUAUUAGCGGAUCUGUCUUAACAAAGGCAAAAUAAGGAAUUCGUCUACCCUUAAUGUUACGGUUUUUCCCAAGUCAGUAAGAAAAAAAAGAACUGGUCAAACUCCGGAUAAGACAUGUUGUGGUUUUAAAGCCCUGUUCACUACAAAGCCUCAUCAAGGAGUGAAACAUGGGAAAAUAUUAUCAUGUCUGAGCAUUAUGAACGGUUUUGUAUCCAAAGUAUUCUAGAUGUCACUUGUUAGCCAGUUUUCACACUGUUGGGAGUGGAUUGUACCAUAUACAACAUAUUUGGAGUGCUUGAAACUGCUUAGAGCUGGAAAUAAAAUAAAUGCCUGCUAUGAGCUGCCAUAGUGUG